AUGACGUCUGAACUGACUGAUUCAACACCCACCCACCCGAUGGAUUCAGGAUCCCAAACUAUGCAUAACCCCGCCAAGAUCCCCGGACAGGCGCCGGAGCCCGGUGACGCCGACGCCAAGUCAAGAGCUCAGCCUACCCAGGUCCGUUUUUCCUCCAUCACGGAGGAGAUUGAACCAGGCCAAUCCGAAUUGUCCCCCGUACCAGAGCAACCGCAACAAUCUCUGUUAGACGAGCAAAAGCUACCUACGGACGAGGAACAAUUACGGUCGCUGGCCAUGAGUAUGCAGGGCGCACAGCUUCAGGAGUCGCGCCUGCGCAACUUCUCUUUUGACCCAAUGUCUCUUCCUUCCUCCAGGGUUGGCUCUCGAGAGUCGAGUGAUCGUAGCGGCCAUGUCACCGGUGCAUUUGCCUCCCCCGCAUGCGUCUCCUCCAGUCUCUGCUGUACAGUCACCUCCUCUUACCCCAGCUGCAACCCAUUCUCGCGAAGGCAGAAUCAGCGACAGCGCCUCCCUGAAAGCUACCAGCCGACCCCAUCUAGACACCAAUUUCACCCCGGAAGCCUCGCCGCCAGUCGGUUCGACCGACAAGAAUGGCACUCCUCGACCCGCCUCAUCCUCUCGACCCCUGUCUACCGAUCACCUGCCCACUAG